AUGACGAGCUCGUAUGAAAGCUUGGAGGCUACAACCUCAAAUUUUUGCGACUCGACUUCUGUCCAAACGGAGACAAUGGCCAUCUUGUGGGGGUCGGUGGGUAUGAGUGGUUCGCCCUUGUUGGUGUACGCGCGUGCAAUUGGCGGGGUCAUCGGACGACCAACUUCAGCCAAGGGCGGUGGGAGCUCGCGCGAUUUGUCGGGCACUAGCGGCGGAGGGUCGAAGACUGACGGAGGUUGCACAAGGCGGUGUGACGAGACGAAGGGUGUCCUCGCUUUCGACCGGCAGUGGUUCGCUUGA